CCUCGCGAGCACCCCUUAUCUUGCACAGACAAUUCUCCAUAUGAUGAUUGCCACCACCACCCUUACCACUCAAACCGCAUCAUGAUCCUCAGCGGACUUGAAGUCGUCACCCGCCAGCUGAUGCGGAAUCUCCGCGGUGCCACCCAACAACAACCCUGCGGCGUUGAUCUCACCCUUCGUCAGAUCUCCAAAUGGACAUCCGCAGCAACUAUUGACUUCGAUAAUACGAAGCGCCAGGCAGCCAGAACCUCUAUCUUGCCGUUUGAUAACGCAAGUCACGCCAUUACACUGCCACCAGGCGCUUAUUUGGUCGACUUCAACCAAACCGUUCACGUUCCACGGGACUGCAUGGGCAGCAUUUUCGCGCGGUCAUCUCUCUGGCGCUCUGGGGUGGGGAUUACGGCGGGUGUUGUCGACGCCGGGUAUGAAGGUGCUCUCGGUGCCCUGAUGGAGGUCAAGAAUCCCCACGGCGUCGUUCUGUAUCGAGAUGCCAAGCUCGCGCAGAUUGUCUUUGAGGAGUUGAGCGAAGAGGUGGAAGGAUAUAAUGGUAUCUACCAGGCUUCCACGAGCAGUGUUGGGCGUGAUGGAACGGGUCAGACUUCAAACACUCAAGCAGGGGAUACUAUACUAGAAAGGUGAG